AUGGCUCCGCUUGAUAAACCUAUUCCUCCAAACUCGACCCUUGCCACCACAGCAAGCUCGAACCAGAGCGGAUCUAAUGACUUUGUCAAGAAGUUAUUUUUGAUGCUACAAGAAGACAGUUACAAGGACGUUGUUAGAUGGACGCAAAAUGGUGAUAGCUUUGUUGUUAUAAAUACAAAUAAUUUUACCAAGAACAUAUUACCACGCCAUUUCAAACAUUCCAAUUUUGCAAGUUUCGUACGACAGUUGAAUAAAUACGAUUUUCACAAGGUCAAAAUUCCCAAUGAAGCUAAACUGACGUAUCCUUAUGGCGAAGAUGCUUGGGAAUUCAAACAUCCAGAUUUUAGAAUGAAUGAUCGUGCCUCGUUGGAAAACAUAAAGAGAAAGGGACCCUCGAAUAAAAAGAUUAAUAAGCAAGUUUCAAACGGGUCAAAGAUCAAGCCGAAAGUUAGUGCAGUAGGUGUCGUGAAACAGGAAGACUCGAAAGAGGCUAGUGAAAGUGGAGCAAAUGAUGUCAGUACAACAGAAGCGGCGUAUGAUACCGACAUUAAUGGACACUACAAUGAACGUUUUGGCCAAUUAACUUCUGGUCAGAACAAGUUAAGAGAUCAAAUCAAUCAAGUUAAAGACACAAAUCAAAUGUUGCAUCAAGAGUUUAAUGUACUACAAAGAAAAUAUCAGACGUUAGUUGAGCAUAUUGUUUCUAUAAAUUCGUUUAAUGAGAGAUACUACCGAUCGAUUAGUGUUUUGGUCAAUUCCUUGGUGCAAGCCGGAAUCAAAGUCCCACCAUUAGAUUUUCCUCCUCCCAACACUGGCCCAUUUCAAUUGCAAGAACCAAAUUCUAGCCCGUCAUUUCCAAUUACACUGAGUUCCAUACCGGCUUCAUCGUUGCCCAGUAUAUCUCAACAUCUACAACUGCAAUCACCACGCGUGAAUCAUUUACAAUCUCCAUUGGUUCCUCCGGCACAGGUAGGGUCUCCACGUUUGCCAAUUCCUCAGACAACUUCAGCAACCAAUGCACAAUCAUCUUUGCUUAAUCUGAAUAAUCGCACCUUGUCAAUUCCUGGAGGUAGACCUGCGCCAAAUUCAUUUUCAGCAACAAGUCCAAUAAGCGGGUUGGCGUCUUUGAGUCGACUGCUGUCCAUUCAUCAACUUACACAACCUUCUUUUCCUCAAGAUAAGUCUUCGACCGAACCAAAUGAUUCACGAACUAUUUCUAUGCUUCACAAGCAAAACAAGUCCGAUGACAACUCACCAACAAGUGAGGGUGACAUUCUCAAUGCCAACCCCGAGCAGUCUCUGGGGUCGGUUGAUGCCACAGCAUCAAACAACAAUCACCUUCCAACAUCUAAUGAAUUUGUUCAACCAUCGCCAUCUAAUAAACCUAUAUCUCCGAUAACUAGCACAUCAGCUUCUCCGAGUGGUAAUGUUCUUCCACAAAUUAGCACCACAUCAAUCCCCAAUCCCAAGUUUCACGUUCUUUUGGUAGAAGACGAUAAUGUGUGCAUACAAUUGUGCAGAAAAUUCUUGGUCAAGUAUGGUUGCCAGGUUACAGUUGUUACUGAUGGUCUCAAUGCCAUUUCCACUGUCGAAAGUACUAAGUACGACUUGGUCUUGAUGGAUAUAGUCAUGCCCAAUUUGGACGGAGCCACAGCCACCAGUGUCAUUAGAUCAUUUGACACUAGAACACCAAUUAUUGCCAUGACAGGUAAUAUCGAGGACAACGACUUAGUAACUUAUUUGCAAAAUGGUAUGAGUGAUAUCUUGGCAAAACCAUUCACCAAGGAUGACUUGUACUCGAUUCUAGCGAAGCAUUUAUUAAAGGAGGGUAAAACUGACGAAGAGCCGAUCAGUAAGAAACAAAGAAUAGAGUAA